AUGCAGAACAUGUCGUUCACGGAGCCCGAGUCCGCAAACGCGACGACCCCAGAGCCUUUGCCGCUGCCGCUGGCUGUGGCGGUGCCGGUGGUCUACGCCGUGAUCUGCGCUGUGGGGCUGGUGGGCAACUCAGCGGUGCUGUACGUGCUGCUGCGGGCGCCGCGCAUGAAGACGGUCACCAACCUGUUCAUCCUCAACCUGGCCAUCGCCGACGAGCUCUUCACGCUCGUGCUGCCCAUCAACAUCGCAGACUUCCUGCUGCGCCGGUGGCCAUUCGGCGAGCUCAUGUGCAAGCUCAUCGUGGCCAUCGACCAGUACAACACCUUCUCCAGCCUCUACUUCCUCACCGUCAUGAGCGCCGACCGCUACUUGGUGGUGCUGGCCACCGCCGAGUCGCGCCGGGUGGCUGGCCGCACCUACGGCGCCGCGCGAGCCGUGAGCCUGGCCGUGUGGGCGCUGGUCACGCUGGUCGUGCUGCCCUUCGCCGUCUUCGCCCGCCUCGACGAGGAGCAGGGCCGGCGCCAGUGCGUGCUGGUCUUCCCGCAGCCCGAGGCAUUCUGGUGGCGGGCCAGCCGUCUCUAUACGCUCGUGCUGGGCUUCGCCAUCCCGGUGUCCACCAUCUGCGCCCUCUACACCACGCUCCUGUGCCGGUUGCACGCCAUGCGGCUGGACAAUCAUGGCAAGGCUCUGGACCGCGCCAAGAAGCGGGUGACCUUCCUGGUAGUGGCGAUCUUGGCCGUUUGCCUGCUCUGCUGGACGCCCUACCACCUGAGCACCGUGGUGGUCCUCACCACCGACGUCCCACAGACGCCGCUCGUCAUCGCCAUCUCCUACUUUAUCACCAGCCUGAGCUAUGCCAACAGCUGCCUCAACCCCUUCCUCUAUGCCUUCUUGGACGACAGCUUCCGCAAGAGCAUGCACCAGGUGAUAGUGUGCAGGGCAGAGGCCUGA